AUGCUCCGUCACGGCGUCCGUACCUUUGCGACCACCUCCCUCCGGAGGAUGGCCGCGGUCGCGCCGCAAGAGCCCUCCCAACACCUCCUUAACGUCUCCAAGGCGCAGGGUAUCGCCCAGGGCUUGGUCGGAGCCAUCGGCAACACCCCCCUAAUCCGUCUCAACCGUCUCUCCGAAGAAACCGGCUGCGAAAUCCUUGGCAAAGCCGAGUUCAUGAACCCCGGCGGCUCCGUCAAAGACCGCGCGGCGCUGUACGUGGUGAAAGACGCCGAGGAGCGUGGGCUUCUCCGUCCGGGUGGCACAGUCGUGGAAGGAACGGCAGGUAACACGGGCAUCGGGCUGGCGCACGUGUGCCGCUCCAAGGGCUACAAGCUCGUCAUCUACAUGCCCAACACGCAAUCGCAGGGCAAGAUCGACCUUUUGCGACUGCUCGGCGCCGAGGUGUAUCCCGUCCCCGCCGUCGCGUUCGAGAACCCCGAGAACUACAACCACCAGGCCAAAAGACAUGCUGAGCGGCUGGAGAACGCCGUGUGGACGAACCAGUUCGAUAACAUUGCCAACCGCAGGGCGCAUAUCGAGACUACGGGGCCCGAGAUCUGGGCGCAGACGGGCGGGAAAGUGGAUGCGUUCACUUGCGCGACGGGCACCGGUGGCACGUUUGCCGGCACGACGCGGUAUCUGAAGGAGGUGUCGGGCGGGAAGGUCAAGGCUUUCUUGGCUGAUCCCCCUGGCAGCGUGCUGCACUCGUACUUCAGCUCGGGCGGAAAGCUGAUUGAGCGCAGCGGGUCGAGCAUCACGGAGGGUAUCGGCCAGGGCCGCAUCACGGAUAACUUGAAGCAGGAUGUGGAUCUGGUGGAUGGGUCCAUGACCAUCAGCGACGAGAAGACUAUUGAGAUGGUGUACAGGUGUCUGGAUGAGGAGGGUCUGUACCUCGGCGCCAGCUCGACCCUCAACGUCGUUGCGGCUAAGGAGGUGGCCGAGAAGCUUGGAAAGGGGUCGACGGUCGUAACGGUGCUGUGCGAUGGUGCGUACAGGUAUGCGGACCGCUUGUUCUCGAGGAAGUGGCUGGAGCAGAAGAACCUUUUGGGCGCGAUCCCGGAGCGCUUGCAGAAGUAUAUCGUUCUGCCAUAG